ACGAAUAGGAUGCAAGUUCAGAUUUCGGUACUUGUAUAGAUGUGUACAUGUAGGACUGAUGGAUUUGAUUGGAUAUAAAAGGUAUGAAAUGCCGUUACACAAACAUCUAUUGUCAACGACGAUGGCGACUGCUACUGUGAUGCCACGGUCGUCAUUAAAGGGCAGGAAUACCAGUGUUUCUGUCCCCAAGGGCCGUCCUCGAAAAACUCUACAUUCUGUCGACACCAACAUCUCAUCAUAUGAUCGAACAGAUCCGUUCUUUGCAUUCAAUGUCUUGCGCAAACUCUUGGGAUCUUUGCCAUCCAGGAUCGGUGGCUGCCAAUACAAGCUAACGCCCGAGGAACAUAAACUAUCUCUUCAUCUGCUCACCAUUGUGGAACCCUUCGUUGGGCUUUCACCUUCUCGUCGGACUCUCACACGGCAGCCAACGGAAAUCCUCGACUCCAUUGUCUUCCACGUUGACGAGAAGCGCGACCUUUUAUCGUUGGCUCUUUCCUGCCACCGUCUUCAUGGCGUGAUUUUCCCUAGGCACUAUGACUAUCGCGUCAUUCGCUGCAAAGUUAGUUCUAUCAGUGUUUGGAAUCACUUGAUCGUGAACCGGUCGCUGGCUCGGAAUGUUAGGAGACUAGAGAUUCUUGAUGAACGGUCUACAGAACCUGCAUCUGUACCGUCAGACAUUUUGGUUUCAGAAACGGAUUUAGAGUCCACAGACGACGAGUUGGGCAUGCACGUCAAGCAAGAGAGGUUCCUCGUUUCUGCUUUGACCAAGAUGACCGCGCUCCAUUCCUUUUCUUGGUCAUGCAACCAUUCGCCCAUUUCUAUUGAUAAUGUUUGGCCCACAUUAUUGAAAUGCCCAUCUAUCAGAGAAGUUGAAAUCAACGACAACCUUGUUUUCAGCGAUUAUAGCCAUGGUAUUGAUGGAGUCCGCCCUAGAAAUUCUCAAAAGUCAAUUUUACCCGAGUUGAAGACGGUGGCGUUACGGUCGACUAAACAUGUCUAUGGGUCAACUAAAACCCCCCAACUUUUACGGAUAUCUAAUUUAUUGACCAAUUGUCCCAACCUCAAGUCGCUCGAUAUUGGAUACGAGCAUCGUCGUGGAUCAGGGUAUCAGCGUCCAGUUGCAGACGAUUUCUUCCUCUGCUCUCGUUGGUCCGCUCUUCGCUCUUUGUCGCUCAGCAAUUUAUUCUGCUCC